AUGACCAGACAACACGAAGCAGCUAUCCUCGCUGCGAGUGGUGCCCCUCUCACUAUUAUCCAGCGCGAAACUCCCGAGCCCGGUCCCGAUGAAUACCUGAUUGAGGUCAAAGCGGUUGCUGUGAACCCCGUUGACUAUGCUCAGCGUGAUUUAGGUAUGCCACCAAUCAGUAGCUACCCCGCUUGCAUUGGGUCAGACGUUGCGGGAAUCGUCGCAAAGAUCGGUGCUGAGGUUCCUGCUGGCUCUCCCAAAGUUGGAGACCGCGUUUUGGCUUUGGCUACGAGCUUCUACAGCGCUAAUCCCGAUCACGGCGCCUUCCAGAAAUUUACUAUUGCCUCAUCCCAGUGUGUGGUGCUUCUCCCUAGCUCCAUUCCUUUUGAAGCCGGUGCCAUUCUGCCCCUGGCCACCCUGACUGCCCUAUCGGGGUGGACCUCGAUUGGCAUACCAUUAAACACUAAGUACACUCCCGGCGAAAAGCAGGCAGUGCUUAUUUGGGGCGGGGCAAGCAAUGUUGGCACCGUUACUAUACAGUCUGCAAAAUCUAUGGGCUUUAUUGUAUACACCACUGCCAGUGAGAAGAACCACGCCUACCUAAGUACUCUUGGUGCCGAUCGUUCAUUUGACUAUAAGAGUGAGGAUGUGGUUGCCCAGAUCGUCGCCGCUGCUAAAACAGACGGGGUUAACCUGACCAUCGCCUACUGCUGUGCCGUGCAGACCCUUGGUCUAAUACUGGAUGUGUUGAAGGAGACUAAGGGCGAUUCUACCGCCAAGGUCGCCCACGCGCCUCCUCUUCUACCUGGAUCCCCUACCCUGGAUGGCGUGGAUGUUACCUUCGUAUUGCCUCCCAUGGAACCCGCUGGCAGACUACAGCACAUGUACAACUGCUUCCGUGUUUGGCUUCAGCAGGGUCUAAACACCGGUAGCAUCACUCCCAGCCCCAAUUCGGAGAUAGUUGGAGAAGGGUUUUCGAGCGUGAGUGAUGCCAUUGAUCUCAUCAAGGCCGGUGUCAGUCGAAAGAAGCUUGUGGUAAAAGUCUGA